AUGGAAGCAGAUCAACUGGCUCCGGCGGCCGCGGCCGCAACAGCGGCAUCGGUGCUGGGCAACGACGACCUCCUCUGCGAGAUCCUUCUUCGGCUCGGGUCAUCCUACAGCCUCCUCCGCGCCGCUCUCGUCUCCAAGUGGUGGCUCCUCCAGGCUUCCAGCCCGGCCUUCCUCCGUCGUUUCCGCAACCGACACACGCCGCCCCUCCUCGGCUUUUAUGUCAGCGAUUAUGGUUGGUACGAGUUCGUGCCGCUGCUGCAGCCUCCAGAGCUCGCUGCCCUCUUGCAGCGUGCGGUCUCAUUCGAUAGCGACGACGCCUUCUUCCCCGGAUGCACGCAGAUCUACCAUUGUCGGAACGGCCGCCUCAUCUCCGGGAUCUACGAAGGCGGCGUAUACAAGUACUCCCUCGUAGCGCCUCUGCAUGCAGAGGAGUCUAUUGUUGCCCUCCCACCGGCUCCGCUGCCAAGCCUUUACGGUGACACAGACACGAUGUUCACUGAGAUUUUCCUACCUGAGGAUGGUAGCCGCGAUGAUAUCACCUUGGUGCACCUUUGUAAGGUCGGCAGAAAAGUCUACGCGGAGGUGUAUGUCCUCGGUAUGGGCGGAUGGAGCGUCUCUGCCACCACCGAGACUGUUUUAGCGCCACAAUAUGCCACAACCUUUGUCAUAGAUAUGCUACCGCCCGUCCAUGGCAAGGUCUUCAUGGUGACCACCCUUGGGUACACACUGGGUCUAGAUUUGGCUGCUCCGAGCUUCUUCACCCUCGAGCUCCCGACCGGGGUGCGGUUCAACUACAUUCUAUCAUGUGUAAAGAAUUCUGGGCUCCAUCUUAUCUACGCAGAUGGAUUUCAACUUAGUGUGUGGCUCCAUCAGAUGACGGACGACAACAGUGGCUGGAUGCUGUUGGACACAUUUUGCAUACGAGAGGCAUGUGCACGCGUUGCGGGUGAAAGCUGGGUGUUAGGAGAUGAUGAUUUUAUUUGGGUUGCUGCAGUUGGGGAUAAUGCCGAGUUUGUAUUCUUGGAUCAUGUAGUGGGGGGCAUUGUCUUCUAUGUUCAUCUAAAGAAAAGGGUAGUUAAGAAAGUCUAUCAAAGAACUGGAGGUGUCCAUGCUAGCCAGGUACGAAUAGACCCCGUCAUGAUGCCAUGGCCACCUAUCUUCCCCGCACGGAUUGUUGGACAUGAUCAAGAGGAAUGA